UUUCUAGCAAAAAUAUGUCUAGCUUUCUUUUUCUUUUCUUUUUUACGAUUUAACUAUAUACUAAUAAUUUUGGGAAAGACUGGAAAAGGAAAAGAAAGCCAUAAGCAAAUCAACAUCCCAAUGAAUGUACCUUUUGAAGAACAAAUUUGCUUAGCAUCGACUCCAAAUUCCAAAUCUCAUAGAAAUCGGAACACAAAUAUCGCCGUCGCCGUCGUCUUCACGUUGAUUUCUUUUUGAAUUUUGAUCGAAGCUCACCAACAAUGGCGUCGACAGCAGGUUUGAUGCCAAUCACAAGGCAAUUCUUAGCAUUUUACUACGAUAAAUAUCCAUUUCAACCUCUAUCCGACGAUAUUUCAGGUCUCAUUUCCGAGAUUUCCUCCAUUUCUUCCGAUUUCGUUAAAGAUUCCCCUCCUUCUCAAGAUGAAAAAUUAGUAAUAGAAGAAGUGGAGCGCGAUCCGCUUCAUAAAAUUGACGAGAAUAUGUGGAAGAAUCGAGAACAUAUGGAAGAAAUUUUGUUAUUGCUUCAUAAUUCUCGCUGGCCAGCGCCUGCAAGUUUGUGGGUAAAUUGUGUUCGACGACGAUGAUUGAAAGGAUAUGCAAUUUCAGAGAUGCAGUGGAGGUGUUCGACGAAAUGCCUGAGAGAGGAUUGUAAUGUUCUGUUAGGAUUUGGUAUAGGUAGCGGUUGAUGGCGGGAGUGAGAUAUGGGUGGUCCAGUGAGAUGACAGUGAAUGUGGGUGAGAGAAGCAUCAUUGUUGCUGGAUUCUACCAUUUUAGUAGUCUUGGUUUGAGCCAAAUGAGGAGUUGUGAAGCUGAUGUUUUGAUGAGAAUGAGGGUGAUGAUGAAGGUAAUGAUUAGUGUCUUUAUUUUUUGAUUCAGUUAUAGAAUUUAGUGUACGUAUAAAUAAGCAUCAAGCUAAGCAACAUAGCAAGAAUCAAGCUGCUGUCAUAAAUAUCACAGAGAGCCAUGACGGAUUUGAAGAAGGUAUUGUGAUGUAAUUAAAAGAAAGGUAAAUUGUUGACAGGGACAAGGUAACCAGAAUUUGUAUAAAAAAAAUUGAUUCAAAAUUCAUGUAUUAUUUUCUCACACUCACAUGAUUCAUUGCUUAAUUCCCAUUCCAAUGCAGUGGGAGUGGCAUUUAUAAAUGAUUUCAGGCAAUAAAGAACACUUGACAAAA